UUCGUCCAAGAUGUCUUACCAAAUCGGAGCGGUCUCUAUACUCGCCCUCGUCCUGUUGGCGUUAUCCUUUUCGGAGGCAAGUCUACGCCGUCGGGCCUUCACCUCAGAAACAUCCGAAACCGCGAAUAAAUUUAGCUCCCGAAUCAUCGGAGGAGUAGAGUCCGAUGUCCUGGCGGCACCCUAUCUAGUCUCGCUCCAAAACGCUUAUGGUAACCACUUUUGUGCUGGCACCAUCAUCCACGAUCAGUGGAUCAUCACCGCGGCUAGUUGCUUAGCUGGAUUGCAAAAAAACAACGUGAAGGUGGUGACCACCACUUAUAAUAACUGGGGAUCGGAGGGUUGGAUAUACUCCGUGGAGGAUAUCGUCAUGCACUGCAACUUCGACAGCCCCAUGUACCAUAAUGACAUUGCCCUGAUCAAGACACACACACUAUUCGAUUACGAUGAUGUGACCCAGAAUAUCACAAUCGCUCCGUUGGAGGAUUUGAUAGAUGGUGAAAAGCUAACCAUAUACGGAUACGGCAGCACGGAGAUCGGAGGUGAUUUCUCAUGGGAGCUGCAGCAGUUGGAUGUGACCUAUGUCGCCCCGGAAAAGUGCAAUGCCACCUACGGCGGUACUCCAGAUCUGGAUGUGGGUCAUCUUUGUGCCGUGGGAAAGGUGGGAGCCGGAGCCUGUCAUGGGGAUACCGGAGGACCCAUCGUUGACAGUCGUGGUCGCUUGGUGGGCGUUGGUAACUGGGGCGUUCCCUGCGGCUAUGGAUUCCCCGAUGUUUUCGCCCGCAUUAGCUUUUACUACAGCUGGAUUAUAUCCACGAUUAACGGAUGUGCUAUUUCCUAAUUGCAAGUAGUCGUAUCAAUUAUUUUUGUCCCGGAAAGAUACCUUUAUUCAAUAAAAUACUGUAAAAAUU